AUGACUAAGACUAUUGUAAUAUUCAGGAAAUAUGGAUAUCAGACCACUGAGGAGCUAGAGACUAAACUAAAAAUGAAAUUGCAAGCAAAAGGACAACGCCUCCGUAGAUACACAAAAAGGAGUGAUCAAUAUCGUCAAAAUAAAAUGUUCAAUGAAGAUAUGAAAAAGUUCUAUCGAAGUAACCUAAAUAAAGUAAACAAUAACGAAAUAAAAGAGACACCUGACCCAGAUGAAUUAGAAUGCUUCUGGCGGGGAAUAUUUGAAGAGGAGAAGACACAUAACAAAGAUGCAAGCUGGAUACAACAAGAAAAGAUAGAUCAAGAACACAUAAAUGAGGAUGAAUGGAAAGAUCUGGAAAAUGACGAAAUCAUUGCUACCAUCAAAAGAACCCACAAUUGGAAAUCACCGGGCCCAGACAAAGUUCACAAUUUCUGGAUCAAACAAUUAACACCACUGCAUACUCACAUAACAGGAGCAUUUAACUUAAUAAUAAAAAAUCCUGAAAACACCCCUGAAUGGCUAACAACUGGAAAAACAAUACUACUUUCAAAAGGGAACAACACAAAAGACCCAAGAAACUACAGGCCUAUCACCUGCCUUCCUACCUUGUACAAAAUUAUGACUCAAGCACUAAGCAAUAGAAUCUAUAAUCACUUAAACAAAAAUAAUAUACUCCCACCUGAGCAAAAAGGAUGCAAAAAAGGAUCAAGAGGAUGCAAAGACCAACUCCUUCUUAGUAAGAUCAUAAUGGACCAGCAAAGAAACAGAAGAAGAAUCUAUGCAUGUCGUGGAUUGACUACAAAAAAGCUUUUGACAGCCUACCACACACCUGGAUAA